UCAGGCAACAAUUGAUGUAACCGUUUAUCAUGGAUACGCGAUUUACGUUUGUGUUGUAUUGCAUCACUGAUCACGUUGUAAAAUUUUCGGCAGACGCACUUUUCCUCCAUACAUAACCGGAAGUGGCCGGUCACAUGAUUGGUGUGACCGGAAGUUGUCUGUGGCAGGGUAAUCGACGCCGGGCGCCCGGGCAGUUGUCAUUCCAUUAAUACGUCCCCAUCAGUCAGAGUUAGUUUGCCGCUCCGCAGGAAGCUGUCUUGUUAACCCUGCGCUCACAAUGCCGCCAGCCGGAACGCAGUGCGCCCCCUUAAAUGGCAAGCAACCGUUGGGAAAAGCGUCGGAUUACGCGCAGCUUGUGCUCUCUCCUGUUAUACGUGCAGUAUAGCGCGCAUUGAUAACAAUAAUACAGCCAAUCCCGCUGAUGCCCGAAAUCCCUCGAUGGACGACCUGGCUGCAUUAUCCGAGCAUAGUGCACUAUGCCAGGGUGGCAAUUGGGGGCCAAACAUUAGAAGGUUUUUAUCCCAACCGACGGUUUUCCACGGCUAUUGUACCCUUUACAUGCGUAGAUUGCUUAUUCAUGAGCGAGAGUGAAUGUAUCGGUGCCUGUACGUAAGUGUUUGCCGGUCGAUUUGCUGUUGGCGCGCUUUGUAAGUGUCUACAGGUGCCGCCUUAUCAUCGCAUUCUGAUAUCGGAGGAUAGUCCCCAUGUGAUAUCGGCAUUCAGCAACGAACUGACCAUUUUAGGAUUAUAUUGGAUCGCAAUAUUUUAUCGUACUUAUUAGUACCGAUCGGACCUUUGCUGACGCACAUUCACGGAAAUGCCCGGAAACGCGUUCCGCACAUACACACACGCCAGUCCCUAGUACCGGCAGCCGUGUAGACAUGGGGGCUUUUCAGUUUAUUUAUCCAUAAAGACGUCUUUGUCCUGUUCGGAUGUGUUUACUGACUGUGGCGGAUCGUCGAGAAAAGGCAUUUACACGGAUUACCGGUCAAAUGUUGCCUGCACCUUCGACUGUAUCCGCGAAUCGGUGGCGGCGCGCCCGUUCCCGUCUCCGUCUGGCUACGCUGCACCCAACGCGGCAAAAUUCAUCGGGAUCGGUUUCACGGGCGUUUCUCUCUAGAUCCAUGCUGGAAAAGCAGUCCAUGCAAUACCGGAGUCUGGGAAAUUCCGGUUUACGGAUUUCCCGUAUUAGCCUGGGCAUGGGGCCGGGAUUGGGAUUGGCGCUGCAGUACGCGCAGAUGCAGUCCUUACAGACCGGAACCCUGGCGCCGGUCGUACCGCGCUCAUCAUCCUCCACCAUCACGAUGCCCGGCAACGCUCCCGGCGGGGCCAAUAUGAUCGGACUGCAGCUGCAGCUGUCGCAGCCGCAAUCCCCAUCCAACACCAGUACCGGCGUAUCAUUAGUCAACGCCAUCAGCCAGAGUAAUCUCGUUCCGUCAAGCGCUACUCCGCUGACAACAACAACAAUAACCGUUGCCGCGCCAACACCACCCGCACCGGCAUCCAAGCACUGUACGGCCGCUGCGGAGGAGAUUGUGGAGCAGAUCGUCAGUCUGGCCUAUGAGUGCGGGGUCAACUACUUUGACGCAGCCGACAGUCAGACCAAUGGAACGCCGGGUGUGCCGACUGCACUUCCGGUUGGCAGAACGGAAACUCUUUUGGGAAAAGUCCUCAAAAAGAAGAAAUGGAGACGCUCGAGUUACGUCAUUACGACAAAAAUCUGCCGCACGGGAACGGCGGAAACCGAGAAAGGACUUUCCCGGAAACACGUGGUGGAAUCCUUGCAAGCUAGCCUGGAACGGCUUGGGUUAGCGUAUGUAGAUGUCGUAUUCGCUUGCUGUCGCGAUAACUGCACUCCCAUGGAAGAAAUUGUGCGCGCUUUUUCAUGGGUGAUCGAGAAAGGGUGGGCCUUUUACUGGGCGACAGCCAACUGGAGCCAAGCGGAAAUCAUGGAAGCCUACACCGUUGCCAAAGUGCUUAAUCUCACACCGCCGCUGGCUGACCAGUGCGAAUAUAAUGUGUUUCGCCGGGAGCCAGUGGAAUUGGUGAUCCCGGAGCUUUUAUGCGGAAUAGGAUGCGGCAGUAUUACAUAUUCCCCAUUGGCCAACGGUCUAAUUGUGGGAGAUUACGAGAUGGACGACAAUACAUCCAGUUCACUGGCCAUGCAGCGCUGGGCCUUACUGGAACGCGACACCUCCAUCAUCGAGCGGGAACGUCGCAACAGCGAAGUGACCUUACACCUGCAUAAAAUCAAAUACCUGCGCCCCAUCGCCGAUCAGAUCGGUUGUUCCCUCAGCCAGUUGGCGAUUGCCUGGUGUCUGCGCACCGAACUGGUACAGUCGGUGCUGAUCAGUCCCAGUUCGUUGGAGCAGCUGCGGGAUCAUCUGCUGGCGCUGUCGGUGCUGGAUAAGCUGACACCGGAAGUGUUGGCUGUCAUGGAGAAAGUGCUGGGCAAUCAGCCGAGUCUGGGAUUGGCCAAGAAUAAGAAUGCCACGAAGCCGGGUCAACAGGAUAAGCGACGUCGUUCGUCAAUUCAUCGAAAAAGCGUCACUUCAUCGCCGCGACUGAGCAUUAGUCAUGCCGGAAAUCCUUAUGAAGGACGAAUCGGAUACAGAGAAUCCAUAGACUAUUCCUAUGAUCGGAGACCAUCGCACAUUUAAAACUCAGCCUUGGGAAAUAUAAAAAAAAUCUCUUGCCAAAGAUCUUAAAAAAUAUUUUUGUGAAGAAUGUACUGCUGCCCGUCUAACUUUUCUCUAAUAAUUUCAAAGCAACCAAAGACUCUUCAAUCAUUCAAUGAGCUUCCAAGAUGAUCUUUAUUUGCGGACAGAAUAUGUGUAUUCCUGUUGGAUAUAUCAUUCCGAAGUAGCCAAAUUUUAUUUAUGUAUAACACUAAUAUAAAUAUGUGAUGAUUGUGAUCAUGAAGGUACAUGUACAGAUAGGUGCUGAAGCUGAAAUGUAAUUUUGUCAAGAUGUUGCGCUAUCUGAUUCGCUACGAGCUGAAAGAAACGAAAUUAAA